AGAGUUUUCUAAAUAAUUAACAGGUUUUUAUUGUUGCAUUUGUAAAAAAAAAAAAAAACAUUUUGUAGAGUAGGACGAAUUAGGAAUGCAAUAUAUAUAUUUUUAUUGAAGUUUGGUUGAAAAUCGUAUCAUUGUGAAGCAUCAAACCCCAAAAUGAAAGCAACACUGACAUCAGCAAAUGAAUGUGGCUUAGUGGACAAACAGCAUUUUUGUGUAUUUAAGGAUCAACUUUCCAGUAUGUGGAACUUCCCUCUGUCUUACUUGCUUUAAUAGUGUUGGGAAAUUCUUAUUUGAUUUUGUUUUUUAGAAGAUGUGCUCUCAAGAUCACAACACAAGGGAAAUAUGUGGGUACAAAAGGCAAAUGCAUACAGAUGAACAGUCGAGUGGAGACGUCAAACCUCGACAGCUGAAGCUGAUCCAUUUCUCUAAUGGAGAGAUUCUGAGUGAGGAAGAGGAGGAAGAAGAUGAGCUUCAUCAAGCGUUCGGUGCUCCUGGUGCGGGAAACUGGAAAUGGAAGGAUUACUCUUGGUUUUUGGCGACACAGUUUGUGAGAAACUCUUUGCGAAUUUGUGAUUUCCUUGGAGAGAAAAUGGCUGGUUUACUGGGACUGAAUGCUGCUAAAUAUCAGUAUGCUAUUGAUCAGUAUCACAGAGAUCAUCAGAAUGAAGCAGAAGAAGUUCUCUCCAUGAGCACCAGGGAGAAUCAGGAAAGAAUUAAUCUAUCUCAAAUAGUAAACAAACCAUAUGGAGCCAUAAAUGUGCAGGACAACACGAAAAAACAAACCUCAGAAGAGACACCACAACAUGAAAGAGAACACAAGGAGAAAUACAACUGUAACGAUGUCAGUUGUGACCAUUAAAGUCAACAUGAGAGACUCUUUUAAUUCUGAAAUGUGACAUAGGCUAUUUCAAAAUAUUAACUCUUGAGCGACCUUCGGGACAUUUUUGUCUUUUUCAUUUUUGUUUUUUUGAUCAUUUUGGCUGUGUUAAUGCCAAUGGCAUACAUUUUGCCAAAGGUGUGUAUUUUUGGGGGAAUGUUGAUAUUUCAACCUCAGUUCCUAUAAUACAUCUAUAAUACACUGUGUACACAAAAUAGUUACACUCAGGACCUUCAGGACAAAAAUGUCCCCAUUGAAACCCAUUAAAACUGUAAUAUUUGAUCCCAGUGCCAUUAAAGCAUCAAAUCAUGAAUUCAGUGAUAUUAUACUUUCAUUACGGAGCCCUGGCUUCAAAUUUAACAUUUUAAUAUUUUCCAGCAAAUGGCACCAUUUUUCUCAUGUUUAGCCUAUGGAGCAAAUACAUACUUUUCCCCUAUUUUCUGUUUGCUGUAUUAUAGAGCACUGCAGGCCAAUUGAAUAAAUGAUGCAGACUAAAAUUGUGUGUGUGUGUUGGUAUGGAUGUCAGAGUGUGUUUUGUAUGUGUGUAUUGAGAAAUUUGUGUCUGUGUAAAAAAACAACAGUGGCAUUAUAUAAACAAACUGGCAUUUAAAGGGUUAAAAU